UGUACAUGCUUUGAGACUCAGUUUGUCCUGCGCUUUACUACUAACUUCUGCAUUUAGCCAGGACUGUCAGUAUUAGUAUGUGAUAUCUGACUGACUGAAAACAUUACUAGAGAGCUAAAUGUGCGGUUGAUUGCGUGCUAGUCCAGUUUUAGAAAGACAGACAACCUAACUAACAUUUGACAGACAUAUAGCUUGCCAUUUUAGCUUAGCCAUGACAGAGAUGUGUCUAUUCGUCUCUCAUGUCAACCACUUUGUUUUAACUGCCAAUUUGUGACUUGACUAUAACUGUUUUAUAUUGUAAGAGCACUGUCGGAUAACUACGAGCUUUUACGUUUGUUUAUUUGAGUAGAAAGCUAACCUCUAACCCAAAGCAGAUUAAGGUUAGUCUGCUAGCAGUGAGCAAAACCACCGACUAACCACCAAUCUGUUUCAGUGGGAAUUAUGAGCACGAGUAAUGUCUAUGCAAGUCGCAAACGGAGGAAACCUGUCCAAAAAAGUGUGCAACCUCCACAUGAAAGUGUCAAAUCGAAUCCUUCGAAGCGCCACCGGGACCGACUGAAUGGACAGUUGGACAGGUUGGCCAGUCUGCUCCCCUUCCCACAGGAAAUCAUAUCCAAGCUGGACAAAAUCACUAUACUGAGGCUAAGUGUGAGCUACCUGCGGGCUAAAAGUCACUUCAAUGUGACACUAAACUCAAAGAGUUCCAGACAGCUAGCAAAUAACACCAAACCACACAUACAGGAGCAGCCAGAGGGAGAGCUUUUGCUUCAGGCUAUAAAUGGUUUUGUGUUGGUGGUCACCUCCAGUGGCACAAUCUUCUAUGCUUCCUCCACCAUUGAGGAUUACUUGGGGUUUCAUCAGUCGGAUCUCAUGCAUCAGAGUAUUUAUGAGCUCAUUCACACUGAAGACCGGGCUGAGUUUCAGAAACAGCUCCACUGGGCACUCAAUCCCAGCGGCACCUCAGACAUCGGACAGCUAGUGCAAGCGUCCCACGAUGCACCACUGCCUCAGAUGUACUACAGUCCAGAGCAGUUGCCGCCAGAGAACUCCACAUUUCUUGAGCGAAACUUUGUUUGCAGGUUAAGAUGUCUCUUGGACAACUCCUCUAGAUUUCUUGCAAUUAACUUUCAGGGGCGUUUGAAGUUCCUGUAUGGGCAGAAUGAGAGGACAGAAGAUGGGAAACCUAUCCCUCCUCAGCUGGCCCUGUUUGCCCUGGCCUGCCCUCUGCAGCCACCUGCCAUACUGGAAAUUCACACCAAGAGCAUCAUGUUCAGAACAAAACACAAGCUGGAUUUCACGCCAACCGGGUGUGAUGCAAAAGGGAAGAUUAUUCUCGGCUACACAGAGGCAGAACUGUGUUACCGUGGCUCAGGCUAUCAGUUCAUCCAUGCCGCUGACAUGCUGUACUGUGCUGAGAACCAUAUGCGAAUGAUAAAGAUGGGUGAAAGCGGCUUGACUGUUUUUAGACUACUGACUAAACACAACCUGUGGGUUUGGGUACAGGCCAAUGCCAGACUUAUCUACAAAAAUGGCCAACCAGAUUUCAUCAUCGCCUCUCAGAGAGCCAUCACAGACGAGGAGGGUGAAGAGAACUUGAGAAAGCGUACUAUGACAUUGCCCUUCAAUUUUACUACUGGUGAGGCUGUUCUCUAUGACACGAACCUGCCUAGAUCCCUCGGCAACUUCCCAAACUCUAAUCCCAGUGCUCACAGCAACAGCAACCAACCCCAAAUCAUUGGAACUGUAGACCCUGACUCCCUGCUAGGCUCCAUGCUGAAGCAGGAUGAGUCUAUAUAUGUGUGUCCCGCAGGUUCAGAUGAAACUUCAGUGUCGAUACAGGGCUUAGGAAAGGAGGAUUUGGGUGGGAUCUUCUCCAGUGACAGGCAGGAGAGUGUUCUCUCACUGUUUGAGAGCUCUCUCUUCAAACAGGAGCCAAUCGUUGGCUCUAGAGGAGAUGAAAGCUGUGAGAUACUAAGCUUCAUGAGAAGUUUAGGGAUCAGUCCAGAAGAUCUGAAUCUCCUUCAGCAAGAUGAACUGUUCCUUCGAGUUGACUUCGAUGGUCACAGCAACAUGUCAGACCUAACAGAUGGAGUCUUGUCCUACGUCCAGCAGUCUCUCAGGAAAAAGACAGACAGUAUAAUGUCCAGUGAUACUCAGGCCAAUCUCGGGAAACAUAUGCAAACUCCUCCCUCGCAUCAGCAGCCAUAUUCAUGUAAUUCUCUCAUGUUAGGAUCUCAGGAACAACAGAUGUCUUUCAUAAAGGAGCAUCCAGAACCAAAGCUACAGCACUUCUCACAGAUAGAAACUCAACUGCAGAACACACAGGACACACCAAAGCAUCAAAACAAUCCUCAAAGACGGCAACACACAAUGUCUCACCCAUACAAUGGGAUGGGAACUUCACAAUAUGAACUUUCAAACGUAACUGUCCAAAAACAGCAGAUUCAGAUGGUGAGCCAACAGCUGCAGACAGCUCACUCGAAAAACCAGCAGCCUCUUUGUCCUUACCUACCACCUCUUCACCAGCAGGUGUGCAACACACUCAACAAUGCUCAGGUUUGUGGCAACCACACAGAAGUUCUAACCAGUGACACCCGUCAGGUUUCUUCUUUCUUACAGCCAGAGCUCCAGCAGCCAGGAUGCUUUUACCUAGAGACAUCCCCUGUGGAACUGGAGCAUCCUUACAGAAACCAUCUAAACACUGUGUCGAUCAGCUGCUCCCAGGCGCACUCCUCAUCUUAUAUUACCUCAGGUGAUGCAGAUGAGGGCGAGUUCACUGCUCACGACCUCGAGGAGCUGCUCAACAGCUUGGACACCGGAGGUAUCGAAAGGAAUGGGCAAUCGGGACAUAAUGGUGGAGCAGGGAUUGGGCCCAGCCUGGAUCAGCAAGCUUACAUAGGCCAGUUUCAGUAUGGGGGCCACACAAACUAUGCAAUGGAGAAUAACACUGCACAUCCAGCACAGCUUACCAACCAGCAUCAGAAUACGAGCAGGCCUCAUCCAAACCUGUCUUUAGGAGGAUACUUGUGACUAAUCUUGUGACUAGUGCUAGGGUGAAGUGCUAUCAGUCGUCAUUAUGCCUUGAUCUAAGAUGGUCAUUCAUUGGCUAGAACUGUGGUCAUGCACUGGAACCCACAAUGCCUAGCCCCAAAAAACAGCACCGGUGUGAGACAGCAUUAGGAGGAAGAAGCAGAAAUUGGGGUGAAAGAAAGGGUGAAAAAGGACAAAGAACAGUACAAGUCAAGGGAGAGAAUGAGCACUGUGCUCUGGCUCAGUAUGACGUUUCAAGAUGAAUGAAGAACGAGCCCCAUUUAUAUCUGUUCGAUGUAUAACAGUCAUAUAUCAAUGGCUUCCCUGCCAUGUGAACAAAGCUUUCACUGUGCUUUGAUAAAUGUCUCUUUGAAUGUCUCUCAAGAGAUGUUAUAAAUAUAUUGGCCUGUCAAAACUGUGUCCCAAAGCAAUAUAUACAGUAUACAGUAGAUGCACUAACUGUAUGUAGCCUGAAGCAAAUGCCAAACAAGCCAGUUUUGGAAAAAAAUACAAUAAAGUUUGUAAAGUAGGCUGACAAAAAUAUAGAAUUUGUUAUUUUAUGUUGGCCACUCAUUUUUCCUGUAUAAGGUGAAGUAGAAGAUGAAGGCCAACUAUUGUACAGUAAAUGAUUUAUUAGGGUUUGAUUUACUGUACACUUACUGUAAACAGUGAUAAUCCUAUAUCAGCAGUAUUUUCAAUUAUACAUAGAUUAAAGCUGCGUUUUAUAGCUGUGUUUGGAAGUAUUUAAAAUUUUUUGGAGCACUGAUAGGUAAUCAGGGUUUUUGGCUAUUGUAAUAAACAUUGGGAAUCUGUGUAAUUUAUUGUUAUCUAAUCUUUUGUACUUUCAGUUUUCAUGACUAUCAGACACAUGUAGCACUUACGACCAGAUGUCUGUAUAAACAGAUCUGAUUAACCAUGGAGACAUGUUUGAUUUUCAGCAGAACUGUUGCAUUCAUAAAGCACUAUUGUUAAAUGAGCUAUCAAGAUUGACAGUGAAUAUUGUUAGAAGACCAGUUUAUUACUUUAUUAUUUAAGUAAUGCUUUUGGAUCAAGAUAUUGCACCUAAUACUUGCCUUUAUAAAAUGCGUAUUUAGAUGUGUGGAUUAAACGUGUUCCAAUUCGUUGAAAUUUUUUGGGCCCUUUAUUCUUUGAAUUUCUUGGAUGAU